CAUAACCAUAGAUUAUUUAACCUUACAUUUAACGUUUAACUCGGUUUAACUCUACUUUUUUGCAACUUUCCAAAUUCGAAAUGUUUGUAUUUAAAUUUAAUUUUAAAUUGUUUAAUUCGUCCGUUUUACACUUUUCUAAUGCAUAUAAAUCUCAAAGUGCUUUUGUUACAGCUAUUGGUGGGUGUACAUCCCACCAACGUUCCGUAUUUUAAAAAAAAACAUGGCCUAGAAAACAUUACUGAUGAGCAAAUUAAAAGCACAGCGAUGUUCUGUGAAAUGAUUGGUAUAUCAAAACAAGAAAUCAAAGAAAAUCCAAAAUUCCUAAAAAUUAGUUUAAAAAGUCUGGAUUGUCAGCACACAUUAAUGUCAGAAAUAGGUUUUAAAAACAUUGACGCCUAUUUGCUGAUGUCAUACAGAAAGUGCAUGAAUCGCCCAGUUUCUUUAUUGAAAGCGUAUGGGUUUAUAGAUGAUGACACUAAUGUUGCAGAACAUCUUUUAUCACAUUUAAAACCCACUCCAGAAAAUAUAAGAACUGAUGAUAUAUCUGACCAUAAUGUAUUAUUUGAUAUUCACAAGACUUUAUUAAUUAGGUACCUAAUGUGGAGAUUUAAAGCAUCACAAGAUCAAGUCGAAUCUUUCCUUAGACAAUCAGGAGCAAAAACAAUAAGAAGCUUUAGAUUUCUAUGUGAAUGUAUUGCCCUUGCAAGAGAUUUAGGCAUUUCAGAAGAUCAAAUGCUUACCAAAUAUGGUUACAUAUUAGGUGCCUAUCCCAAAUAUCCUCUUACAACAAUAUCAGAAACCCGUGAAAUAUGUGGAAUAACAAUGAGAGAAUUAUAUUUAAGGGACCCAAUGCUAGUCACGGUUCCCCCAGAUAAUAUUAAAAUAAUCAAAGAUAUUUUGGAGAGCAACAAUAUCAGUAGAGAAUCACUUUUGAAUUAUGUAAGAGUUUUGACACUGUCACCAACCACAGUGAAAUUGAGAUUUGAAGAAAUUGAAGCAAUCCCAGAGUUGAAAGUUUUGAAAACACAUCCUAGAAUAUUGUGCUUGAUUGGUCAUCAUAACAGAGCCCGUUCCAGGUUGUCAUUCUUGAAAGAUAUGAAGUUAAACUGUGCAAAUUUAGGGAUAUUGGGUGACCACUCAGUUAGUUUUGAUGCUCAUAUCAAGGAAGGAGUUGAUGAGAACUCGAUAAUGGCUUUAAAACGAUUUAUGCAAUCGAUUUUAAAAAGAGAUUACAGAGAAUUUGAAAAAGACCUGAAAAGGCAUCCAUUUUACUUAAAAGUACCUUUUCUACAAAUACAAGAAACGUUACAGUAUUUGGAAGAAAGAAACUAUGAAAUCCCUACAAUAUUAAAAGCCAUUCAAAUAUUACUUUAUCCCAAAGAAACGAUUAUAAAAACUUUUAAAAAUAUGGACAGUAAUUUAGAAAUAAAAUUAGCACGUCUUACUGACUUACAGAAAUUAAAUUUAGCACUCUAUCUUAUGGAGAAAAGACAUCACUUUACUGGAAAUGGUAUUUGGAAGAACAGUUAAUACAUACUUCGUUUGUAUUUAUAUUUUAUUAUUAAAUCAUGAUGAUGAUAAGCAA